UUGACAGCAGAGAGCCAUGGACCAGAACAGCGCAGGGGAGGAGGGUGCCCUUCCAUCCGAGAUACACCUCUCUUCAUUUUCUGAGAGUCAAGGACUCAACUGCAGCAAUGCCCUCAACCAGGAUCUGGGUCCCAGCUCCCGAGACCUGCUCUAUGCUGGCCUGAGUGGUUUGGACAUGGACCCCAGCCUCCCAGCACCCAAUGUGCCCAGCAAGGUGCUGGAGGACAACUUGGAUGCUUUCUCCCUGUACUCUGGGGAGGACCGUGACUCCGUGAAGCUGCUGGAGAUGUAUGCAGACCCAGCAUCUCAGGCUUCUUUACAGGACCUGAGGCUGGGCAAGCUUCCGGUCCCUAAAGAGGCUGACGAAGGAGGCAGGGCCACCUCCGGGAGCGCAGGGAAAGAAGAGCAGCAUCACACUUGGCCUCAGAAGCUGCUUCUGGAUUGCAGCGUCUGCGGGAAGGUUUUCAGCAGCACCAGCUCUCGGAGCAAGCACUACCUCACGCACAGCCAGGAAUGGAAACACAUUUGCGGAAUCUGCAGCAAGGCCUUUAAGCGCAAGGACCACCUGUAUGUAGGAGUCUGGUCACCAACGUCUGUGCAAGGGCCUGGCGUGGGGGGGCAUGUUCCUAAGUCAUUCUCAUCACCUCCCAGAUGAGCCUGACACACCCUGUCGGUGUUGGGUCUCUGUGACCCGUGCUUAGACGAGAACUCUGUGUCUGGGGACAGUUCUGGCACUGCCCUGAAGAGGUCACUCUUCCAAGCCCCCAAAGUCUACCAAUGAGAAAAUCACUGCCUUG